GGAAGAAAAUAACGGAAAAAGUGACAGAACAAAGUCAAUUCAGUUCCACAAAAACACGAGAGGAGAAAACACUCUGCCAAAGGAAGCAAGGUGGCCAAAAGAUUCAGCAACUCAAACCCAAGAUUUUGUGUAAAACUGGCAAAAAAGAAAACGUCCAAAGUUAUGGAGCUGCCUUGAAGCAAGUGCAGAAGGGAAACAUCUGCAUCCCACAAAAGGACUCAGGACAAUGAGGAUUUCCUCACUUGUGGUUUGGAUUCUUCUUCCAGACUGCUGGGCAGUGACAGGCCCCACGCAAGUGAGCAGCCACUUGGGUGGAUCAGUGUCUGUGUGCUGCAGCUAUGAGCGCGGCUACGAGACCUACCGCAAGUUCUGGUGCAGGUCAGGCUUCCGGCAGUGCUUCAAUGGGCACAUCAUCGAAACUACAGGGUCUGAGGCCAACGUGAAGCAGGACAGAGUCUCCAUCAAGGACAGUCACUCCCUGCUCACCUUCACUGUAACCCUGGAGAACCUCACCCUGGGAGAUGCAGGGUUUUAUCACUGUGGGCUAGUGCGGACGCUACUUCCUGAUCCCAGACACUCUGUUGAACUGAUUGUGUCCCCAGUCGUUCCUACCUCAGCCCCAUGCGGAAAGUCAGUAGGUACAGUGCAGCCUGGUGUCACAGCCUACAAAUGCAGUGUCUUCCCCACAAGCUGCGAUCCAGUGCCCAGCGGAGACCCUCAAACACUAUCCCAGCCCACCAAUAUCCAUUUCCUGCUCCUGGUCGGCCUGAAAGUCCCCAUCUUCCUGUGCAUGGCCUGCACAGUGGUCUGGGUGAGCAAGCGCUACAGAAGGAGAAUUAGGGAGACAGCACAGGACAGACAUGUUGAGAGCCUCCAACUUUCUCACGAGGGUGUGACACAUUCAAUCUAACUAUGCUCAGCCUUCCCCCUGUGGAGCCAGAUGUUUGUGUGAAUGGGGACAUCCUGGUCUAUGGCCUCGAUCAGAAACUCGGCUAACUACAGAAAGGAGCUGGCAUGCAUCGUGAUGGCUAUGGACAAGAAGCUAUUCAGCAUCGAGAGCUUCCCAUCCAGUAACAAGCAGUUGUUUUGUUUGCCGUCACAGCCUCCACCCCAGCUCAGGACUGGACUGGGACCAGCAAAGGAGGCUGCAGCUGCCUGUGCAUUCACGGUCUUGCAUCAGUGCCUCCAGGGGCCACUGAGCACGGCUGAAGGUUUCAAUGUAUUCAAACACUACUUCAUAAGGACAAGACUAACCUUACCUGCAAGGGGAAAGGAUGAACCCUGGGAACUGCAGGAAACAUAAGGUCCCAGAAUUUACUGGGAAAGAGAUUCAUUCCUUUCCAGCAGUUUGAUUUCACAUCCUCCCAUAUGUAUUGUACCUCUUUCUCCCCUAAAUUAAACUCCUGAGAAUGAAUGAAGCAUGCCAGAGACACAGGGCUGUGCAAAGGAGCCACCACCAGUGGUGAGGGAUCAGCUCACUACCAAUUUCUAAAUGUGUCUUUUCAAUAAAGCUCUCUCCUCACAUCCUCCAGAGACAGAAUUUCCUGGAGGCCUC